AUGCGCAUCCUUAUUUUCCUCGCCUUUGUGGCCGCAGUCUCAGAAGGUGUUCUGGGCUUCCAGUAUCUUCACGGUGAAGGUCGUAAGUACAAGUACCCUGCUGCCUCUGUCACGACUUGCACGGCGGUUUCCCUUAGUAGGAGCCUCGCGCGACACUAGCAUUGCGCUCUCGUAGCUCGCUGGCUGCGGUCGCCGGGCAGUCAGCAAAGCGCAUGAUCGUGGCUCACGCACCAAGUAACGUACUGCUCCUUUCACUUUGUUCUUAGAGCUUGCACCCAGCAAUGCUUACCUCUUCAGGGUCAGGAACAACAGUACGUGUUUCGCUAUUAGUGCCGCACAGGCCUCUUCGACGCGACCAGAGCUAGGGGCUAGCGGCGAUUGGCCAAGUCGCGUAUCCACGGGGUAUUGGGAUCUACCUUGAAGGAGCUUACCAUCAUAAAAUAUACCUACUACCCCUUUGUUUAUCGUUCGCUACGCUCAGCGUCCUUCAACCACAGCCUCACCAUUUUCGACGCGUGUCAGCGCUUGUACCAGGCCUGCGACAAAUACGUGAAGCCUAUCCAGGUGCGCAAGGCUGACAGCCUUAUGUACUACGCCCACCAUGUUCUUGAGUGAGUCAAAUUUCAUUGAUAUAAAAAAGCUCGGCUUCAGGGUUGACUGACUCCCUUCCACCGUUGGGUCCCCUGAACCGUCGGCAGCUGUCGCCCAGACCUGUCGAAGUUGCCCGUCUUCUACGCGGCAUGCGGUUACCGCAUAUCGCCCACUCCCGGGGAGCCUACGACCUACAAUUCUCAGGACAUUCCAAUUGACGUCACCUGGGAGGCGCUGAAUGGACUCAAAUACUACCAAAUUUUCCCUCGUGGGGAUGAAAUGCUCCGUGGCACCAAGCUCGGUCAGGCGGCGAAUUCGGCCGGUCGUCAUUCCGACCACAGUCACCAGCUCCGAGCCGAAAGUCAACCACAUCACCGUAGCCGUAUACACCAUCACCGUAGCCUUAAAGCCCAAGAUUAA